AUGGCGUCAUAUAGUGAUAAUGAAACAGGUUUUUCUGAAAGUGAUAUUCAUUUUGCUCGUAAAACAUUCUUCCGUGAUUGCCCAAAUGGAUAUUGUUCAAAACGAAAAUUUCUAACAUUUAUUAGAAAAUCAGCCGUACAGACAUCAGUGCAAAAACCAACACUACCAACACUAUUUUUUCAAACAUUAGCAACAAGACAAAAUCAUCGACAAAGUAGAAAAUUUUUUUCUAUGAUGUUUGAUAUCUAUGAUCAAAAUCAUGAUGGACAAUUAGAUUUUAAUGAAUAUCUUUAUGCAUUAUCAGCGUUAACUGGAGCUAAUCGUUUACGUACGAUUGAAACACUAUAUAAUUUUUUUGAUAUAAAUAAUCAAGGUUAUAUAACACGACAUGAAUUUAAUUCACGAAAAAAAUUAGCUGCACAAUUUCUUGGUCAAUAUAAAACUGGUAUUAAGGAUAAUUUAUCAUAUGAACAAGCAUUUAAUACAAUGGAUACAAAUAAAGAUGGACGAAUAUCUAAAGAAGAAUUUAUUCAAUGGCAUUUACGAGAUCAUUUAACACCAGAUGAUGCUAAACCGGUGAAAAAACGUACUCGUAUUUUAAAAAACUUAACAACUUUAGUCGAUAUUCGUGGUCAAAUCAAAACAUCAUCAUUACAAAAUCAUGAUAAUAAUAACAAUAAUAAAAGUCCAAUUGAUGCUUGGUUAGAAACAACAAUGAACGCAAAUAGUCAAUUCGAUCUCUCUUCAAUACCAUCAUCACCAACAUCAGCUAAUGCUGAUAGAUAUUUAUUAAAAGUAAUUCGUCGAGCACGAAAGCAUUUUGUUCAAAAUAAAAAUACAAUAAAUGGUGAAACAAUCAAUAAAAAACCAAUUUCAACUGAUAAUCAAUCUGAUUCAGGUGUAUUUACUUUAUCAUCAAGAACAAAUAUUAAUGAUGAUUUUGAAUCAAAUAGUUUACUUGAUAUUGAUGAAGAUUAUUCAGAAUCAAUUGGUGUGUAUGAUCCAGAAAAUGAACUUUUAUGUCAAUCAUUCGAAAACGCUCUAAUGAAAGCAUUACUUGAAUUAAAACAAAAUAGAGAACAACGAUCAAAUAGUUAUGAUACCAGUGUAACUGUCGAAGAUGACUAUCAAUCAAUAAUAACUCGUUUAUAA